ACCAUGCAUAAGGUAGUACAUCUGCUCCUUGUCUCAUCCAUUUCAAUCUUACCCCCGCAAACUGUCCAGCCAUGGGAGAAGUCGACCCUGCAUUCAUCCAAGCGCUCGAACACAGGCCUAAACCCCACAGCGUCGAGGCCCAAGGCAUCCCGUUAAUCGAUCUCUCCCCCGCCAACUCCCCGGACCCCGAUCCGGGUUCCCUGUCAGCUCUCGCCGCCGAAAUUGGUGAUGCGUGCGAGAAAUGGGGAUUUUUCCAGGUGAUCAACCACGGGGUGCCGUUGCAUGUUCGGGAGAAAAUUGACCUGGUUUCCAGGAAAUUUUUUGCUCUGCCGAAAGAGGAGAAGAAGAAGGUUUCCAGGGAUGAGGUGAACCCGUCGGGGUAUUACGACACUGAGCACACUAAGAAUGUCAGGGACUGGAAGGAAGUGUUUGAUUUCACGGUGGGGGAGCCGAUGGUGAUGCCGGCUUCGCAUGAGCCUGAUGACAGGGAGCUGAAAGAAGUGAUCAAUCAGUGGCCUGAGAAUCCUUCAGAAAUGAGGGAAGUGUGUGAAGAAUACGGUGCAGAAAUGCAAAAAUUGGGACACAAGUUGCUGGAACUCAUAGCCCUGAGCCUAGGCUUGGCGAGAGAUCGAUUCAAUGGGUUUUUCAAGGAUCAAACCACCUUCAUUCGGCUGAAUUACUAUGCGCCAUGCCCGAUCCCUGAUCUAGCUCUUGGCGUAGGUCGACACAAGGACGGCGGGGCGUUAACAAUUCUUGCUCAAGACGAUGUAGGGGGGCUGGAGGUGAAGAGGAAAACUGAUGGCGAAUGGAUUCUUGUGAAACCUACUCCUGAUGCCUAUAUAAUCAAUGUUGGUGACAUUAUACAGGUUUGGAGCAACGAUAAGUACGAGAGUGUGGAACACAGAGUGAAAGUGAAUUCAGAGAGAGAGAGAUUUUCGAUUCCCUUCUUCCUCAACCCUGCACAUUAUACUAUGGUAGAACCGCUGGAGGAGCUGGUGAACAAGCAGAAUCCUGCCAACUACAAUCCUUACAACUGGGGAAAGUUCUUCUCCACCCGAAAACGCAGUAACUACAAGAAGCUUGAUGUGGAGAACAUUCAAAUACAUCACUUCAAGAACUACUGAAGGUUGCCCUUUUGGGCCUAAGUGUUCACAUUCUCAAUGAUUAUGCUUACAGACUGAUGGAUUUGGCUCUCUUGACUGUGCAUGUAUUAUGAAUAAAUAAUUACUUUAGAUAUAUUAUAA